AUGGCUCGAACCUUUGCACGGCUCGCGACCGUCGUGACAUGCCUUGUCGUGUCUCUUUCCGCGGAAGAUCGACAAGCGCGCUCCGGCGACCUAGACCGCGGACCACCCUUCGAAGAAGACGCCCAAAUGCCUCCCGCCGAAAACAUGAGUUUGAGAAGGCGCCUGGAGAUGAGCACCGAAUUCUUCCUAGUGCCGUCGAGCAGUAGCACCCCUUCGAGCACCACCCACGGCACCCACGUGAUCAAAACCGCCCUGCCGGAUACUCACGGCGAUCGGAUCGGGGGUGUGUUCAGGAACGAAGUUUGGGUGAUUCCGGUUUUAGCACUGUCGGCCAUAACGAUGAUCGUUAUCACCGGCUACGACAUAUUCCUGCUGUGUAAAGCGUGGCGACUGACCCCCUGCAGAAGACACUUGUUCUUGGGGCAGAUGCUUCUCUUGGGGUUGUUCGCAUGCGCAGGGUUGGCUACGGUGUUCGCCGCAUCGCCGACUCAGUUCACGUGCGCGCUCACGCGUUUCGGCACCGGGGUAGCCUAUACCAUAGUGUUCGCUUCGCUGUUGGUGAAGUGCGUUUUCGUCAUAAGCCUUAACGGAGGAGUGUACCUUACGGCUCCUUACCUCGGUCUCCUGCUAAUGUUUGCCAUUCUAAUUCAGGUAGCUAUAGGGGUGCAGUGGCUUGUAACAAGUCCCCCGCUAGUAGACACGAUCACCGUCGAGCAUAUCCUAACCCCAAAUAGGAACAGACUUUUGGUGACGGUGGCGGACAUUUCUUCCCCUAAGGUGGUGCCGAUAUGUCGCACCCCUUACAUAGACAUGCUCCUCUCGCUGAUUUACGUUAUAUUUUUAAUAAUAUUCGUGACCGUUUUGGCGGUUAAGUCGCGCGGUAUCAGAGACAAUUAUCGCGAGGCUACCUACAUAGGCCUCUCGGUAGGGUGUAGCAUACCCACGUGGCUCAUAUGGACGGUAAGCGGAUUGGUAGUGAACGAAAGACACAGAGACGCUUGCAUCGCCUACGGACUAGUGAUAAUGUCAAUAACGGUGUUUCUGAUCAUGUUCAUGGCGAAAGGGCGCCGACUUGCCGCCAUGGGCAAAGAGGGUGUAUACGUCGAGGACAGGGAGGACAGGUUCAGCUCCCUGAGCAGGACCGGGUCGGGAUAUUCGCCGUCAUUUUUUCAUUUCAAACCCUUCAAAUACCCGUUGGGACAGAGCAGCACGCACAAACCACAGCAAAUCACCACCCUGGGAGAUUCGACAAUGUAUCCGCCACCGCCGAGUUACACCAGACUGUAUCAGUACCAGUACUACCCCAGCCCUCCGGGGUACUACUCUGCGCGAUAUUUGCCAGGUGGUCUUUACUUGAGGCCCGAUGACGGAAACCUCUACACGACUCUCGAGCCAACGCUGAGCAGCAAUCCCAACGUCUAUUUUCAAAGAGGAAACGGCCUGCAUGCUGGGAUGAUGUACUGAAUUAAUAAACGACACGGAGAGGAACGGACCUCGACGUGAAAACCACCCAAGCACUUUCGGAUGCUCACCACGUAUAGCAGACGCGAAAGUUAUUGUGAGAAAACGUUUUAACGGAACACGGAUAUGACAAUUAAUUAUUAUCAGUGCCUUUUGCGUCGGUUGUUGUAACGUCUGUAUUAAAAUAACGGAGAGCGAAAUCGACGUCCACCAUCGCGAAUUAUUAUUAUUAUUAUUAUUAUUUUUGGCAACGAAUAGAGAAUAUUAGGUAAUUCGAAUUAGCUAACCCGAUUAUUGCUUAUUUAAGUUUAGUUAAUAGACACCCCAGGAUGCACGCAAGCUUGUUAACAUCGUUUCGAUGGCCUAAUCUCUUGUGCAUUUCAUUUUGAGGUUAAGAAUGAUACACAAGUGAUAUCGUGAACUAUGUAGUUGGUUAUAUUGUAGUCAAAUUAUAUAUAAGAAACUAGGAAGUGAACUAAGGUAGGUAAUUAAUAAUCAAGUUAACAUUUUUUUUUCAAAAUAUGGUUUUCGUAGUGAACGUUUGUACCUUUUAUAACCGUCAUAAAUCCAACUUGCAAAUUGAAUCAUAAAUUAAUUUGGUAAUAACUUCGUGUUUAACACGAAUAUAAUAUUAAUUUAAUAUUAAUAAUUAAAUUAAUUAAUAUUUAUAUUAGAAAGAACGAAAAGUUCAAUUUUCUGCUACUUUCUUGCUGGGCGCUCAAGUUUUCGAAAAGAUGUUGAAUAAUUAAAGCAAUCAUUUAUAUAACAACAGAUAUGUGAACUGGAAGUAAAAAGCAAUAAAAAUUAAAAAUUUUAAUUCGCUUUACCCGCUCGAGUAACGAUAGAAUUAUAGUGCCGUGCAUAGUCGAAUUGUGUACGCAAGAAGGAAAAUAUUUAUUACAACAAUCAAAUUGUAAUAUUUAUCUGUGAAAUUUGCAAUUUAAUCGGUAGUGUAAAUUACACAUUUACACGGAAUCGCAAGUCUUAUGACAUUAGAUGAAUUAUUAUUAAGUGUUUAGGUUUUACUUGUAUAUAGUUUUAGUAUUUUCUAGAAAUAAUUUAGAUAAUUAAAAGAAUAAGUUUGUUGGUGAAGCCAUUUAUUGUAAACUAAGACAUACAACGAAUGACUGAACGUUUUACCAUACGAAUCUCUAUUUAAGUUUUGCAUUAUGUACAAAAGUGUUUUAGUUGUCUACGAAUAAAG